GGAGCAGACUGUCCCCAGCGGGCCCUGACACCUCCACCCAGACAUGCUGCUGCUGCUGCUGCUGGCCCUGCUCUGGGGGACGGUGGGAGGGCAGCAACAGAGAGGGCACCUGAAGGGUUAUACCCUGGAAGUGCAGAGGGAGGUGACGGUGCAGGAGGGUCUGUGUGUCCACGUGCCCUGCUCCUUCUCCUACCCCUCAGAAGGCUGGACAGACCCUGUUUCUGGCUACUGGUUCCGGGAUGGGGCCAAUACAAUACACGAUGCUCCAGUGGCCACAAACAACAAAACUCGACAAGUACAGGAGGAGACCCGGGGCAGAUUUGACCUCCUUGGGGUCCCUGAGACGAGCAACUGCUCCCUGAGUAUCAGAAAUGCCAAGUGGAGUGACCGUGGAUUAUACUUUUUUCGGGUGGAGACAGGACAGAACAUAAAGUGGAACUAUAUACACAAUAAGUUCUCUCUGCGUGUGACAGCCCUGACCCCCAACAUCCUCCUUCCAGGGACCCUGGAGUAUGGCUACCCCAAGAACCUGACCUGCUCUGUGCCCUGGACCUGUGAGAAGGGAUUUUCCCCCCAGAUCUCCUGGGCUGGACCCUCUGUGGACCCCCAGGAACCCACCACUGGCCACCUCUCAGUGCUCACCCUCAUCCCACAGCUUGAGCACCACGGCACCAACCUCACCUGCCAGGUCACCUUGCCUGAGGCUGGUGUGACCGGGAUAAAGACCAUCCAUCUCAACGUGACCUACUCUCCUCAGAACUUAACUGUGACUGUCCUUCUAAGAAACAGCACAGUACCCAUGGCCCUGGGGAAUGGCUCAUCUCUGUCAGUCCUAGAGGGCCAACGUCUGCACUUGACCUGUGCUGCUGACAGCAACCCCCCUGCCAGGCUGAGCUGGACCUGGGGGAGCCUGACCCUGUGCCCCUCACAGUCCUCAAGCCCUGGGGUGCUGGAGCUGCCCCACGUGCACCUCAAGGAUGAGGGAGAAUUCACCUGCCGAGUGCAGAACGCUCUGGGCUCCCAGCACAUCUCCCUGAGCCUCUUCGUGCUGAGUCAGCACACAGAGAAAGCACAGCCUGUGUCAAUGGGGGCAGUCUGGGGAGCCACAGCUCUGGUCUUCCUGUUCUUCUGCAUCAUCUUCAUGGUGGUGAGGUUCUGCAGGAGGAACGUGGCCAGGCCAGAAGAGGGCGCUGGGGAGAAAUGGGCUGAGGAUGCAGACUCUGUCAGGGGCUCAGGUUCUCAGAGCCUCCUGGUUGAAUCCCAGAUGUGUGACAACCCUCCAGACCAGCCUCCCCCAGCUGUGGCCGCCCUCUCCUCUGGGCAGGAACAAGAGCUUCAUUAUGCAUCCCUCGACUUCCAGAAGAUGAAGCCUCAGGACCUGCAGAGACAGAAGACCAUGGUCACUGAGUACUCAGAAAUCAAGAUCCACAAGUGAGAACCACUGUGGAGAUUCAGCCCUGCUUGAGGGAUCUUGGCCCCUCUUGGCAAAGUAGACAUCAGAGAGCUGAUUCCACCUGUCAAACCAAAACUUUGUACCCACUGAGCAACAUCUUUUCUUUCCCUGUCCACCUUGGCGCAGCCUCCCAGCUUCUAGGACCCACUGUUCUACUUUCUACUUCUGUGAAUUAGACUUUUUUAGGUUCUAUGUGUAAAUGAGAUCAUAAGGUAUUUGUCUCUCUGUGUUUUGCUUAUUUCACUUAACAUAAUGUCCUCUAGUUUCACACAUGUUAUCUUAAAUGACAGAAGAAUGUACUGUGCAUUUCAAAACAGCCCAAAGAGAGGAUUUUAUGUGUUCUUACCAAAAAGAAAUGCUAAUAUUUAAGUUGAUGUUAUGAAACUGAACUGAAUCGAUCCUUUUGCCCAUGCCUAAAAUAAAGACAAAUGUGGACACACCAGGCUUGUGCAGCAAG